CAACGAUUUGACACACCCUGUACUUUUGACAACCGCCAUAAACUUCAUUGUCGUACCGAUUUUGCUGAGUUUGCUGCUUGGAACCCGCUUGUGAAAAACAACACCUGUGCAAAAUGUCGGAACCCGUUGCCCGUCCGAUGAAGUUUCCGUACACCUUCUCGGCAAAGAUAGCGCAGUUCCCGAUCCAGCACUACUUCAAGAACCAAUGGAUCUGGCGUUACUAUUUCAUCGCGUUCGGUCUUUCCAUUCCCCUGUUCUACAAAAUUCAUAAGCUCGCCAACUCGCCAGCGAACCAAGCGAAAUGGGCCGAAUCGAAGAGGAAGGAGCAUGAGGAACAUCACUAGAGGACACAGCGAGAGGCAUGCAAACCAGUUGUGUAGACCGCAAAUUUCUUCGAUUUGAACGGCCGGCAAUGAAAGAUCUGCCGAUCCUUAGCAUGCCUUCAGGAUAAUGUGUGGCCAAUGUUGUGACAUGAUGAACGGCAAGAGAAUUGACAGUUUUGUUGAAUUUCUUUCCCAUCAUGUACGACAACCGAGCUAAGCAACAUCCAAGAAGCAUUAUCGAUUGUCGUCUUGAAGGCUAGAUGUUCAAAUAUGUGUAGUGAUCAGCUGAUAAUGUUCAAAAAAUUGAAGAAACUGCGAUUUAUUCCGUAAAAA